CCGAUUAUAACCUAAUUUCGUACAGUGAAUUACAGUAUUUCUUUGUAUGUGAAUUGUGCAUUAUUUUAUUUUCUUCGGAGUAAAUACAUUCCUGGUGUUAAAUGCUUCCUAUAAGUAUUGAUAGUUGUGGACAGCUCAUUAUUAAAUAUUGUUGUAAGUGAUUAGUGUCGACAAUGUAGUAUGGUGAUAUAAAUAAGAUUGAUACAUUCAAACACCUAUGAUCCAUUAGAUAUACUUUUCUUUGAAAAUGAACACUGAAAAGACCUCUGUACGAAAGAAGUGUGAACUACCUAAAUCAGCUAAUAUUGUCAGUACUGAAAUUUUUGUUUUACCACCAAAUCUGUUGGAAAAGUUGGGCAUUCAUUUAGAAAAUGUUACAAAAGAAUCUCCAACUGAAGUGCCAUUUAAAACAGACAUAGUACAUCCAAAUGAUUUAUCGAAUAACAAAGACACUGAAUUACCAUCUAAUGUUAAUUCUAAAUCAUACAAAAAUAUAAAUAAUCCCAAGGAAACGUCUAUAUUGGAAACUGCAAAACUUAUGAAAAAGUCCGUAUUUCUAAGUCCUUCAUUUCAACCAACAAUUACUAAUUCAAUACCAGGUGAAAUGGAAAUAGCUAAAAUUUCUAAUCAACCUGAAAUCAAUGGUAACGAUGUCGUAAUGAAAAAAUACAUAAAUAACCUGGAUGAUAAGAUAACAGACAUAAUUAUAAACAAGAAUGCAUCUGAAGAAUUAAGGCCAAAGUCCUUUGAAGUCCAUUCAAAAAUUAACCAACAGAUAGACAUACAAAACUUCGUGUCUGAUAAAAGUAUGCCUAAAUUACUACAAAAUGGUACUGAAAGAUCUGAAAUACAAAACUGUCAUUUAAAUAACACUGAAAAUUCUUUACAAUCUGUAAGAGAAAAUAUUUCUAUUGACAACCAUCCUUCUGUUUUAGACGAUAAUAACACUAAUAUGUCUACAUUGAAUAUUAGCCAAUCAAGAAAAUCGACACACAAUAAAGUAAAUAUAAUAUCUCAGGAAAUUGUAGUUCCAUCCCAGUUCAAAGAAAUUAAAAGUUUAAAUUGUCGAAAUGCUAAUUCCUUAAUUCCAAUUCCAAUUAAUAGUGUAAUUUCUAUAAAGAAUAAUUGUAAAAAUUAUGAUAAAUUACCAUUAGAUCUGCCUAAUUAUAAGGAGAGAAUGAGUAAUGCUUUAAAUAAAAAUGUUGAUUUACUUGGAAUAGAAUAUGAUAAUGAUGAUAAAGAUUUUAUGUCUGAAGAAAAAGAAAUUGGUGUUAAUUCCCAAUUAAAAGAUGUCAAACUCUUAAAUACUUCGAAUAGCAAUUCUUUGAAUUUAGAAAUAGCCCCUGAUUUUACUGGCAGCAAUAUUGACUUAGAGAAAAUAGAUAUUCCAAUUCAUGAGCAAUGUAUAAAUUACGUAUUUACUGGAAAUGUGGAGAUAGAAUAUAUUAAUGAUUGUUGUGCAAAUCUAACUUCUGAAGAGAAAGAUACAGUAGUUACAACUUUAAACGAGUCUCCGAAAGUAUUAUAUAAAAACAAGGAUAUUGUGAAUAACAUUGACACUGUGAAAUAUAAUUAUAUAGAUGCUGUUCCCUUGAGUGACGAUAUAUAUAUAAAUGAAAUGGAAAAGCCAAUAAAUGUAAACAUUAGCAAUACUGAUUAUCAAAUGAAUGACGAGAGUGUGUAUGAUAACAAACUUAACAUUUGUAAAGAAGAAACUGUGAUAGCGAAUCUCACUUCAGAAUUAAACUUGAGUAAUGAAAUGGUUGUAGUACAAAAGUGCAGUAAAAAACUAAUAAGCAAUAUAAAUCGCUAUAACAAGUCACCUUCCUCACUAAUUGGUAAUCACGCGAAUAUUUGUACUGGGAAUUCAAGUGUUCUCAGCAUUGACAGUGAUUCAGAAAACAUGUUGAUUAAUACAAAUACUAACACUAAAGACAAAAUUUCUAUAAAAAUAUAUAAUAAUAUAGAUGGUGAUAAAAAUUUCUCUUGUAAUAAAUGUACUGAAAUUAAUCAUAUGUGUUUGAAUUCCAAGACUUGUGAGUCACAGUGCACUGAAAAAAAUAUAGCAGAUGUAAAUACUAUGGUCGUUGUAAAUUCACCAAUGGAUAAAGUUGAAGAAAUUGCAAAUUAUUUAAGUCAAUAUUCCCAGUUGAUAGAAAAAAAGAAAUUACUUAUACAAAAUCAGCGUCAUAAUGACGUAGAAAACAUAUUAAGUACAAAUGUUAAAAGUGAUUUGACUAUGUCAAAAUUAUGUAUUCAGGGAGUUGAAAAACCAGGUGGCCAAUACCAGAAAUUUAAAAGUCUCCAAUCGAAAAAUCUAAAAUCAUAUAAGAAAAAAGUCAGUAGAAAAGAAAUUCAUAGAGAAACGUUACCUCAUUAUAAGAAUAUAUUUAAAGAAAUUAUUGCAGAUAAUAUUGAUUGCGACGAUAACUUCAAAGAAACUAGCGUGUCUAAUUUAUUGACACAACAAUUUUGUUUAUGUUGUGAUUUUGGAAGAUUGGUAUGCUAUGACUUAUAUGAACAUAUUCAUUUUUGGAAGCAUCCAAACAUGAAUUAUAAUAUUGAUACUGUAAUAAGUAUUUAUAGUGACGACUGUAAAUUUGUUGAUAGAGAUUUAAUCUUGGAAAACUUGAAAGAUGAAAGCUCUGAAUUCGUUCAAGAUAUAUGCUGGAAUGUAAUGAAUCGCUUUGAAGAAGCUUUGAUGCCAAGUUAUGACCAGAAUUCCAGAAUCGGGAGUAACGUUUCUUUAAUUGGUUCCGAUUUAGAUUUGGCUUUAUGUAUAAACUCCGGAAAAGUGCCUGAAAAGUCAUGUGGUGUUAAUGUCACAAAAACUGAUGUGCGAGUUGUUGACAAAAGUGGCGAGGAUGAGAGAGAAAUCUACGUUUUAGAGAAAUCAGAAAUUAGUAAACAUUCAGAAAAUUCAGAAUCUCCUAUGUAUAAGGGAACGGAUACAAAUAAUAUAUGUUCGGAUUUCGUCACGACCACCAAAAUAAUUUCAAGUGCCCUUGUACAAGAAAAGUCGUCACGACGUACAGAGGUGAAACUAGAAUCAAAAGAUGAAGAAUUAUGCACAAAUAAACAAAGAAAGAUAUAUGAAAAUCCUAACAAAAAGAUCCACGUAAAGCCUAUUGACAAUUGUGGUACCGGCGCUAGUGUAGAACUAAAAGAUAAGCAAAAGGGAAGGAAGCGCCAUAUAAAUUCAGAUGUUUCCGAUGUAAUGCCUCAUAAGUAUGUAAAGUGUGUCGUGUGCGAGUUAAUGGUUGCAGAAAUAGAUUGGGAGAGCUAUAUGUCAGAAGAGCAUUGUUUCAUAGCUUGGAAAGCAGGUGAUAAUGUCAACUGGGAGAACUUGGAGUUAACAAAAAAUUUAAAGGACAGAUUGAAAAACGAUGGAUGUUUAAAAUGCUGUCGCUGUGAUACUAAAAUAGAACAAAUAGAUAGUUUCUUAUCGCAUAUAAAGAAUUGUUUAAAUUUAAAGGAAUCUAAAUUUGAUGUACAGAGCAAUAUUAACAAAAAGGGAAUGAUUACUACUAAAGAAGUGGGUGUUAAGUAUAUGACAGGGGAGAACAGUGACGCUGACACUAGUGAAACAAAGCCAAAAAAAAGGGGAAGAAAGAAACGCAAUAUUUCUGAUGUUUUGAACUUGCCUAACAAGAACUAUGUGAAAUGUGCUGUAUGUGAACAAAUGAUUUUAGAAACAGAUUGGAAGAAUCAUGCAAAUGAAAAGCAUUGUUUUAUAGCCUGGAAAGCGGGUGAUACUUUUAACUGGGCAGAUUUGGAGUUGUUAAACAAAUUAAAACAAAUAUUAAAAAGUAAAGGAUAUUUAAAGUGUAAUUAUUGUGGUGCUCAAAUAAAAAAAUCAAACAAAUUUUUGACACAUGUGAAGAAUUGUUUACAUUUAAAGGAAUCUACCAUAGAUGAACAAAACAAGAUGUCGGAAGAUAGGAUGAAUUCUAAUAAUUUAGAAGAACACAAUAGUGCAGACACGAGUAUGGAACUAACAAAAAAUAAACGAAGGGGACGAAAACGCAAGAUCUCAAAUAAUUCGAUUCAGAAGCCGGUAAAAAUGGUAAAAUGUGCUGUGUGCAAACAAAUGGUUAAUGAAGUCGAAUGGGAUACGCACAUAACUGAGGGUCAUAAUUGUGUUGCUUGGAAGGAUGGGGAUAAAUUUGAUUAUGAUGAUCCAGAUUUAUUAAAAAAAUUGCGAGAAAAAUUGAAGGAUAAUGGUUUUCUAAUAUGCACUUUUUGUGACACUGAAAUGAAACAGGCAAAAAGAUUUUUAACGCAUGUACAACAAUGUGCAGAAUUGAAGGCUUCUAAUAGUCCAAAAAUAAAUUUUAGAUCUGUCAAUAUAAAGAUAGAACCCGAGAAAUCUAAACCAACAGCGGUGACUACAUGUGGCGUGUGUAUGCAAGACAUUGCAGAUCACCUAUGGGUGGAACAUAUAUCAACCCAACAUCACUAUUUGGCUUGGAAAUAUGGCGAUAAGCCACUUGAUUUGAACGACGAAGAUGCGCUAAAACGCCACUUGGUUGAUAUGGUGCAACAACAUGGUGGAAUAAUGUGCAUCAAUUGUGGGUUAUUACGAAAAUAUACUAUUAAGACUAUCAAAUAUUUUCUUGCUCAUAUUAAAACAUGCGGCGUCAAUAAUUCUGUCAAUCAAACAAAUGAGCCCAAUGAUACAAAUAUAGUGGAAAUACACAUAUCGCCUCCAGAGGCUUCUGUAAAAGUGAAUGACACUGUUGUAAGUUGUGCAGUGUGUCAGGAGAGUAUGAAUUCUACAGAGUGGAUUGAGCAUUUGUCUAAAAAACAUAGUUACUUGGCUUGGAAAGUCGGAGAGGAGGCUCCUGAUUUUAAGGAUCAUACUUCAAAGUACCAAUACUUAUACGAUAUUGCUAAAAAAGAGAAUGGAUUGAUCUGCAGCAAAUGUGGCUUAGUUCGCAAGUACGUUAAACCAUAUUUACACCAUAUAAAAGUUUGCAGUGGAGAUACGGGACAAACUCAUGAAGAUUCGUCACCUAAUAAUACAUCUACAUGCAGCGUAAAUGUAAAUAAUUUAAGUGAUUUGGGAGUAAUAGGCUCAGCACAAUGUGGCGUUUGUAAUAAUACGAUAGAUGAGGAGAAAUGGAUUCCGCAUAUACAGCAAGAACACGGAUAUUUUGCGAGGGUUAGUGGACAACCGCCUCUGGACACAAAUGAUCCGGAUAUGCUCCAUGAACAUUUAUAUACAAUAUUAAAGAUAUCCGGAUCCCUAAUUUGCAAUAUAUGUGGUUUAGAACGCAAGUAUGUAAAAAAAUAUAUGGAGCAUGUUCAGACGUGUAAUAAGAAAAAUUGUUUAAAUGAGGAAGGAAUGUAUGUUUGUGGCGUAUGUCAUGAAAAUGUUCAACCACAGGACUGGAAAAAUCACUCAAUGAAAAAGCAUUACAACGUCGCAUGGAUUGUUGGUGACAAACCCAUUGAUUUAACAAGUACGUAUGGUGCAGAAAAAAAUAUAAAGGAAUAUAAGGAAAAAUUCGGAAAAUUGGUUUGUAAAACUUGUGGCGUGAGUAGAUCGUCAUAUAUGGGAUUCUAUGCGCACAUAAUAACAUGUGGAAAAACGGAGGAGGAAAUGGAAAUGUAUAAAAUUAUGUGUGAUAUAUGUAAUUCCAAAUAUUUGUGUAUAUACAAGAGUCAACAUAUGGGAAUGCACAGGGAAAAAGAAUAUGCUAUGGAGCGUAAACGGAGAGCCCUCGAAGCACAAGAAAACAAUAAAGAAGAUUUUAUAUCUGGUCCCAGGAAAGCUGCUGUAAAGGCUAAAACUGUUAUUGAUAAUUACAGAGCAGUCAGUGAAUUUAAAUACAAAUGUUCUGACUGUCUCUUUGGAACAGAUAUUGAGACUGAAUUAUCUAAUCAUAAAUGUAAAAAAAAUGAUUUGAAAUUGAACGAACCUGAGUCAGAGAAAUCGGAUGAAUCUGAAGAUGAAUCUGGAGAUUCUGUUGACUCUGAUAUAUCUAAUGAAGAAGAACGAGCAUUAGUGAAAAGAAGAAAAAGAAAGCGGGGUGCAGAAAGCAAUGCGUCGUCUAAAGUUCCCAGAAUACCCUUUGUAAUCAAAGACAUCAGGAAUUAUUUGGAAAAAAGUUUUAAUGAUUACACCAAAUUUAUAUUAACAUCAGAAAAGUUGUUUCCACAAUUUCAAAAUUGUGAAUUUGUGGCCAUUUCUAAAGAAAAAGAAUCCCAGUAUUUACCGCUAUUAAAGGAAUCCUGCAAAGUGAAAUUUUCCAAAGACGAGUGGACAACAUAUAACAGAUUUGAGGCUAAGAGUACAGGAGAUAUAAAAAGUAUAUUUGUGGGUGGCAGUAUAAGGUGCUUGUCAUGGUUGCCUCCACAUACAGAUGUCAACAUGGACAAAUGCAGACAGUUCAUAGCCGUCGCAUGUCAUCGCGAAGCAGACUGUCCACGAAGCCAGCCAGAUCAAUUGACGACACAAAAGUCUCUCAUACAAAUAUGGGAUUUAGGUCACUUGUCUUGUAGGGAUGUUCCGAAUUUUGCUCUGGGUAUAGCUCUCGAUUAUGGUAUUGUAUGGGCUAUGGAUUGGUGUCCAUCUGGCACACGCGAUACAGUAGCAGACCCAAACGUAAAGCCUGACAGAUUUUUAAGAAUUGGAUUAUUAGCUGUGGCGUGUUCAAAUGGUCUUGCUUACAUAUUUUCCGUACCUUACCCAAGUUACAUCACAAAUAGUGAACAAAAAAUAUUUAAAUUAAAACCCAUAGCAGAACUUAGACUUGUAAUGAAUUCUGAUAGGAAAAAAUAUCAAACGUCAUCUAUUUGUUGGUCCAAGCAAAAAGGUCACAGUACAGUAAUUGUCGGCUACGCUGAUGGAUGCACAGCCUAUUUUGAUUUGAAUACUGAAUCACCGUUGUUGCGCACUGUGGAAAACGGUGUUACAAUACUGUAUCCAUUCUACGACGAACGCUCUCUUAACUCUUGUAUAACAGAUAUAUCGACGUACCCUAAUGGGGACCGGGAGAGUACGACCGGAGCCGCGGCGGUGGUGGGUCCUACGGGCGCGGCGCUGGUGACCCGGGCGACGGUCGCGCCGCCGCACCAGCAGAUGCAUCUCGCAUACUCGUCCGUCGAAUUCACCCCCGGCUGGCCUACCGCCAUGAUCUCCGGCGACGAGGCCGUCAUGAACCAAUCUGCGAACGAGUUGGAGGUUUGGGGCUGCGGUCGCCGACUGGGGCUGAUGCAGGUGUGCAGCGGCUGCCAACGUUGCGGCUGCGUGGUGGCGUUCAUGCCGCCGUACCUGCGAUCCAUGCGUAUACAUCCUGCCCGAGGGGAACUUAACAAAAAGCCUUUAGCUAUGUUAAGAAUGACAGAAUUAAGUGGACGUAAAAGAAAACAUGUGAAAGAUGAACUUGCUAUGAAACUGGAACCGAUUUCAUACGAAGGUGCCAUUAAAAAGUAUGGAAUAGAAUUGACCCUUGUUAAUAAGAAGAAUAAGAAUGAGUUCUAUCAAUCGAUGCAGACUGCAAAAGACGUAUUACCAGAGCGGUUUCCUCUAUCGGAUGUGGUAUCCAUAUCAUUUUGUCCAACAGGGGAUUACCAUCGAACUCUGGCAGUCGGCACACACGCUGGUUUGAUAUUCUUUCUCGAUGUAGUAUGAUAUCAACUUAGAAUAUAUUUUAAUCAAGAUUGAUUAUAAUAUUGUGUUAAAUAUGUAUCUCAUACUUAUUAAUAUUACUAUUUAUUUAUAUAAAUGUAAAUUAUUACAAUGAAAUCUAUUUCAUAUCUGCUUUAACAUAAAAUAUUAAUGUAUAUUUAAUAUUAUUAAUACAUUCUUGUUAAUGAAUAUAGUCUGCUAUA